AGUUUCCCCUUGUUUGUCGGCUUCCUGCUCGUCACUCCAUCACUCUACUCCUUUCUUCGUUCUAUAAAACCAUCAUAACAAACAAUGAAUUUUUCAAGCUAUCUUCCAAUCCGAUUAAAUCAAUUGUUUGUAGUCUAGUAAUUACUUCUACUAAUUUAUAUUUUUCCCAGAAUCAAAGUAUUUUCCUGAUUUGGUAAAUGAUUUUUCACAAUCAUUUUAUUGGUUGUAUAAUUGUGCUUGUGCAUUUUACAAGUGCGGUGGAAUUUCAGUCAUUUCUUGAGCUCCAGCAAUCUGUAAAUGGCUCAUCAACACAUAAAAGACUCGCAGGAGAAGGAGAGUAUGUUCUUCAUGUUACUGCAUAUGGUGCUGUUGGUGAUGGCGUUCGCGAUGACACCGAGGCGUUUAAAAAUGCUUGGAAAAUGGCAUGUUCGAUAUCUUGGCGAUCGACCAUCAUUAUUCCGGAGGGAUCUACUUACUUGGUUCAUCCGAUGGAUUUUGCUGGGUGUCAUGCUGCAGUAACGCUACGGAUUCUCGGUGCAAUUAUUGCUCCUAAAGAUCCUCAAGUAUGGCGUGGUUUGAACCCCCGUAAAUGGUUAUACUUUCAUGGUGUAAAGCACCUAACUCUGGAAGGUGAAGGCACAAUCAAUGGUAUGGGCCAGGGAUGGUGGUCUUUAUCCUGCAAGACUAAUUCAACAAUUCCUUGCCAUCAUGCUCCUACGGCGAUCACAUUUCACAGGUGCAAAAACUUGAAUGUUAGAGACAUCAGUAUUGUGGACAGUCAACAGGCACACAUGUCCUUUACCAAUUGCCGCGACAUUGUGGUUACUAAUGUGACAGUAACUGCACCGGCUGAAAGCCCUAAUACUGAUGGAAUCCACAUAAGCGCCUCUACCGAUGUUCGAAUCAUGGACAGUAGAAUUAGAACUGGAGAUGAUUGUAUUUCUAUAGUGAGCAAUUCCUCAAGAGUAGUAAUCACAGAGAUCGAAUGUGGUCCAGGCCAUGGCAUAAGUAUUGGAAGCUUGGGAAGAUGGAAUGAAUGGUCUAAGGUGAAAGAUAUAACGGUAGAUGGGGUGUACUUGUCGAACACACAAAAUGGUGUAAGAAUAAAAACCUGGCAGGGAGGCGCUGGGAUGGUGUCGAGGGUAAAAUUCAAGAAUGUGUGGAUGGAAAAUGUCUCUAAUCCGAUCAUAGUUGAUCAGUAUUAUUGUGAUUCUUCAAAGCCUUGUGAAAAUCAGACAUCAGCAGUACACAUAGAGAAAAUAUCGUUCAUGGGCAUCAGGGGAACGUCAGCCUCAAAGGAAGCUAUAAAAUUUUCCUGCAGUGAUACCAGUCCUUGCCAAGGGCUAUAUUUAGAGGACAUCCAGCUGAUAUUUUACACAGGGACAGGAGUAACCACAUCAUUCUGUUGGAAUGCGCUGGGUUCAAGCUCGGGCCUUGUAUAUCCCCCCUCUUGUUUUCCCGACAACCAAAGUGUGGUUCACCGAAAACCUUCAUACACGUCUCAUAUUUUCAGUUUACUCUGGAAAAGGAAAUUCAUUGCUUACGUCAAGGACAUACUCCUAUAAAUAUAGCUUUGGAGUUGGGAUGAGAUAAUUUGUUAUCUUGAUUUGAAAAGGACUCUGAGUUAACGUACAUAUCUUGUAAAAGUAGAAUAUUUAUGUAUAAGCACGACGUCAAGGACAUACUCCUAUACGUAUGCUGAUCGUUUUCGAUCUCCAAAGGAUAAGAGCUCCAAAGCGAUUUUCACCUGCCGAAUAUGUUUAGUAUUCCAAGGAUAUUGCUUUCACGAAACCUCGAGUAAAGUUCACCCUUGGCCAACAGUCUUCCAAGACGGAACUUAAUGUGCCACAAGCUUUGUACAUCGACUGCAAGGGGUGAAUUGAUGUUUUUGAUAGUCCUGAACGUGAUGACAUUCUUGUUGACAUAAGGGUGCCAUCGAAAUGGUCACACUCGUGUUACGGAAUGCAUACCACCUGAUAUCUUCAACUUGUAGCAUGCAUGUCUUAUAGGCUUACCAUUCCGAUCCAUUCAAGUGACUUCCAUAUCUGGCUAUCGCUCCAUAACUUGUUCCUUAUUUUGAUGGGACCGAUGAUUCAUAGUGUUUUGGUUUCGAAUUAUAAUGGACUAUGUUAAGAUGAUUCAUUGAAUCAUGUACACUUCGUAGA